CGGCGAGGAUUCAUAGAUAGAAAAUAGCCCAUCUUAGUCGUUCGUUUAUAUAAACCAAAUUCUCUUCCACGGCUCCGCCUCUAGGGUUUCGGUUUUACUGCCUACACAGUGAGAGGAAGGUCUUCUUCACUUGUUUGCAUCUUGUGAGUUGCGAAGAUGUACACAUCUAGGAAGAAAAUUAGCAAAGAUAAGGGUGCUGAGCCAACUGAAUUUGAGGAAACAGUUGCACAGGCUUUGUUUGAUCUUGAGAAUACCAACAAUGAGCUAAAAAGUGAGCUGAAAGAUUUAUACAUAAAUGCAGCAGUUCAAAUCGAUGUUUCUGCCAACCGCAAGGCUGUGGUUGCAUUUACUCCUUUCCGGUUGUGGAAAGGUUUCAACAAAAUUCAUGCCAGGCUUGUAAGGGAGCUUGAGAAGAAAUUUAGUGGAAAGGAUGUAAUCUUGAUUGCCACUCGAAGAACAUUGAGGCCACCAAAGAAAGGAUCUGCUGCUCAGCGCCCCCGCACCCGUACACUCACUGCUGUCCAUGAGGCAAUGCUGGAGGAUAUUGUAUUACCUGCCGAGAUUGUUGGGAAGCGUACUAGAUACCGAACUGAUGGAACCAAGAUCAUGAAGGUGUAUUUGGACCCGAAGGAGAGAAACAAUACCGAGUACAAGUUGGAGAGUUUUGCCGCUGUUUACAAGAAACUUUCAGGCAAAGAUGUUGUGUUUGAGUACCCUGUUACAGAGGCUUAGGUUCUAUUUUUCUCACUUUUGAAUUUCUUUUGUCAUGAAUAGCAUAGGGUGAAUGCUCCUUCCUAGUUAAAAUUUUGUUCAAGUUCCCUUUGAUUCUGUAUUUCCUAUGGUGAUGUAUUUUAAAAAACUGGCCUAUUUUAUCAAUGUAGGCUGAUGUAAUAUUUAUUAUAGAAUUCAAAUUACUCACUUAUCUCUAAA